AACUAUAAAACAAAGAAAAUAUUCAUACUGUGAAGGUUAGUAAAUUUUAAAAAAAGCUAGCUUUAUACUUAGAAAGAUCAACUUUAGCAUAACUGUUAGACCUACAUAGACCAAGCUUCAUGUGUUGGAAUAUUUUUCAAGGAUUUGCAUUUAGUGACAACCUAAAUUGAGAGCAUUGCAUGAGUAAUGAAAUAACAAAUCAAUAAAUACUAAAAUUGUUGACUUCAGCAAAGUCAUGGUCUCCUGGGGAAAGGUAUAUAUGGUGCAAAAUACUGUUUCCAGUAGUGCAAUGCGCUUACGAAAAGCCAGUGGUUUCAGGUCAAUGGAUUUCAACUUUCACCUGACAAUUCAGCAAAUUUAUGUUUUGAUUUGACUUAGUUACGUCUAUUGAAAGCAACUUCCGGACAAUUAAACCUUGCUGUAAGGUAGUCUAUGGGGCUAAAAUUUAGUGUUUUACCAUCUUGGUAACAGUAGCUGAUGUAAUUUACCAAUUUCCAGAGCUUUUUGUUUUUAAUUUGAAUUUUACUCAGACAUGAAAAAACUGACUGAUACUACCAAAUCAAAUUUUAAACUCAAGACAGUACCUCACUCACACAUACAGUUCUCACUUAAGUGUUAAAGAAAUUCGUAUUUGCUUCAUUCUGCAUUACCACUCUAAGAACCUGGCUCAAAUAACUUGUGCCGCUUUGUCAUCCAAUCACAAGAGAAACAAAAACCAACUGUGACUACGCUGCACACACAGCAAAACUCAAAUUUGGCCAACAAUUGUAAAAAUUACACCCCAGCUAAAGAAUCAUACAUGUUAAUCUAAGAUUAUGCUGACAACUAGAUGGAGUGGGUAUGGACAAAUUAUUCAAACCUUUGCUUGCCACAGAAAAAUUACUGUGGUUGAAAAUGUCUGAUCCUAUGCAACAACCAUCUUGAAGGAAAAGCAAAAAGAGAGCAAAGAUGGCGGACUUACCGAACGUGGGAGAAGAUAGUCCUAAAAGAACGCGGGUAUUCGUGAAUCAUGUGGAUUUAUUCACUGGUAAAAAUAUCAGCAAGAUAUUAGCAUCCUCUGUUGUCGGUGCUACAGCAGAGGAAGAUGAAGGCAACGAUGAUGAGUCCCAAGCUAGUGGACAGCCUCAAAUUCCAAAGGAAAAUUGUUAUGAAGUAGUUGGUACCUUGCAAGAUCCAACUCAACGCAAACCUGAAUGGGUUGAGGACGUGUUUGAGUACACAACUAAAGAGGAUCUCCUUCCUCAUUUACUGGAGUGUGAUAUUAUUGUGUAUGACAUCACUGGUAGUCCUGAUCAAGUUGAUGAAGCUACAUGGGCAGUUUCUGCCCUUCAUGCAGAGCUGGAGAAUUUCAAGACAAUGAAGGUGUUCAUCUGUCUAUCCACUGUAAUGACGUGGGCAAGAAGCAAGCCACUUGAUCCUGAUGAUCCAGAGAUUUCCUUCACUGAAGAUGACUACCGCCGUAGAAGAGCUCAUCCUAACUUCAAAUCACACAUCAGUGCCGAGAAGCUUGUCAUCAAGCAUGGAAAAACAAACAAGGCUAAGUUCAUUACCUAUGUUGUUGCCUCAGGGUUAACAUAUGGAUCAGGAGAAGAGAUAUUUCACUUCCUCUUCAAGACGGCAUGGCACGGACAGGCUCCAGCAUUGCAGUGUUUCGGGAAUGGCCAGAACAUUGUCCCAGCCAUCCACAUCAAGGACCUUGCAGCAGUGAUCGUGAACAUCUGUGAUCAGAAUCCUAAAGUUCGCUACCUAGUGGCAGUGGAUGAUUCUAAGAACACCCUUGAAGAAAUUGUCAAGGUUGUAAGUUUACAUCUUGGAAAUGGAAAAGUCAAGAACAUCACUAAAGAAGAAGCAUUGCUUAUAAAAGAGCUUGAGCAAGCUGACUUUGACAUGCUCUUGGUCAACCUGAGAAUGGAUGCUACAUACAUCAAGGAAGGCAUGAACAUCUCCUGGGUGUCAGAGGCUGGCCUUACAGAGAACAUAGAUCAAGUCAUAAAAGAGUACAAAGAAACAAGAGGCUUACUGCCACUUAGAGCCUGCAUUUUGGGCCCACCUGCCUCUGGUAAAACACUUGUCAUCAAACAACUCUGUGAUCACUACAAACUUCAUCACAUCAAAAUUCAAGACGUCAUUGAUGAAGCUGUGGAAAAACUGCAACGCAGUGCUGCUCGCGCAGAAGCUGAGGGUGAUGAUGAAGAUGAUCUUAAGGCACAAGAAGAUCAAGAGUUCCUUGAAACACUACAGGACAGCAAGGAUAGAAACAGCGGCCGUUAUGAAGAUCAGUACAUUAUCCGGUUUUACAAGGACAAGUUACAUUCCAUGCCUUGUCAAAAUCAGGUAGAAGGAUUCAAGUUUUUAUUUGGGCUACAUCACUUGCAACAA